AUGCUACGUUUGAUUAGAAAAAAAAAUGACCCAGCUGAUAGUUGGGAUAUUGAGGAUGAUCCAAUUAUAACUCCGGAUGAAGAGGAAGCUGACGAUGGUAUUGAAGACGCAGAAAAUGAUAUUGCACCCAAGGUCUCUAAGAAGAAAACACCGAAAGUUGAGGAAUCGCGUAGUAAAAAAGAACAUGUAAAUGUUGUCUUCAUUGGACAUGUUGAUGCUGGUAAAUCAACAAUAGGUGGUCAGAUUAUGUACCUAACAGGUAUGGUCGAUAAGCGUACACUUGAGAAAUAUGA